UCUAAUGGUCUCUCAUACCUUUCUUCUACUUUCUCCGACGUUGCUAAAGGAUUGGUGGUUUUCUCUUCCGGUAUAAAACGACAAAAUAUAAUUCAACGUUGAAAACGAUGUCGAACACGGAUUGUUUUCCAAUCAGAAGAGUUAACAGGUACGACACAAUAUGAACUGUUUUAAAUGAGAGUGAUUUUUCGAGACAUUCAAAACUAAAAGGAUCAAAGCGCAGUUAGAGCACAAAACCCAAACUCACCAAUACUGACAGUUUUAUCUAAAAGUGGAAGAACGGCCUUUGUAACAGAGAACCGGAAUUGUGAUUUCGUUUGAUCUUCUUGUCAUCAUUUUCUUAGAGGAAACGUAUAUCGUCAGAGUUUAAGAUGAACAACUUAGAUGACAGUUCCUUGAAUCUCAGUUUAGACGACAUCAUGAAGAUAAUCCAAGAAAAAGACAUAGAGUUUGUCCGCUUUGAAUUUGGUGACCUUCACGGUAUUGCAAGGUCAAAGAUUAUACCAUCACGUCACUUCCGAGACAAGUCGCGCAAAGGCAUCAAUAUUCCGAUUGCGCACCUGGGCAUGGACUGUCGAGGGCGCCCUGUAGAUGAGGCGAAGUACAUUAUCCAAGGAGAUUACUGCGAUGCAGUUUGGACACCCGACCUAUCGACAUUUCGAGUUUUGCCAUGGUGUGACAAUACAGCAAGAGUGAUCUUAGAGCCCACUCUGAAAGGAAGAACAGUUGAUCUAUUUCCUAGAACAUUGGCAAGAAAACAGGUAGAUCGCCUCUCGAAGAUGGGACUGUCCCUGCUAACGGCACAUGAGCACGAGUUCUACAUCGUUGACAGACAGUCUGGGCAGCCGUUAACCCAAGAUUUCAACCUUCGAGCCACGGUGCGCAACUACACGGAUCCUCUGUUGAUUCGAUCUCUUCUACAAGCUCUACCUGCCGUUGGUGUGGAUGCGGAGAUGAUGGAUACGGAGAAGAGCCCAGGGCAGGUGGAAAUAACAUACAAACCAGCAUUCGGUAUCAAGGCUGCAGACAAUGCUUACACCUACAAGACAACUAUCAAGGAAGUGGCUAUGCAGAGGGGCUAUGUGGCUAGCUUCAUGAGCAAACCAUGGGCCGAACUGAACGGGAGCUCAGCCCAUGUCUGUCAUUCCUUGUGGGAUAUGACCCAACAGCGCCCCCUACUUUAUUCUGAGGAUCAACCGUUCGGCUUGUCAAAGAUUGCCUGUCAUUGGAUAGCUGGGCUGCUGGCACAUGCCCCGGCCCUGAGUAUCUUAAUGGCACCUACCGUGAACUGCCUCAAGAGAUUUGAAGCCAACUCCUUUGCACCCUACAAUGCCACCUGGGGACUCGACAACAGAACCUGUGCGUUACGUGUCAAGGUCGGAGGUGGCGCCGAUACGUACAUCGAGAAUAGAAUGGGUGCCAGUGGCAGCAACCCCUACCUCACUAUCGCAGCCACAAUCGCUGCUGGGAUUGAUGGGAUCCAACGAAAACUUGUCCCACCUCAACCCAUCGAAAACAACGCCUAUCUCCCUGGUAAUGUUCCCGCCGAUACGGCCAUCUUGCCUGCUACCAUGAACGAAGCUUUAGAGGCGUUUUCUAAGGAUGAUGUUAUAAGAUCAGCUCUUGGUGAUGAGUUCAUGAAGGAGUUCUGUCUACUUAAAAUGCACGAAAUGAAAGAGUACACCGAGGCAAAACUGAAGCAAGACUCGAAAUGGGAGUAUAAGAUGUAUUUCGAAUACAUCUAAAAAUUAUGUGCAAUCAAGUCCUCUUUAGUGACAACCCUUAAAUUGUUUGAAUAUAAGUAACGAAUUGGUAUAAAUAAUUAUUUAAGAUUUACAUAACACACAUGAUCUGUCGAUAUGAGAAACCUCGCAACGAAUUGUUUUUAAUAAUAAUGAUUUAAGAUUUACAUAGCACACAUAUCUGUCGAUAUUAGGUAGAUUUCGUUCCGCGACGCACGGAGGGUUCAAGGACACAGUAAAAUGACAAAGUAUUGACAAAAUAUGUCAGAUGAUAAAGCAGUCUGGAAGUCUUUGCCGAAAAUUGGUGAACCGCGCGCCGGUCAGCAGUUUCGUCCUAAUUUUCGAAGCUGACGAAAAGAUUGCAAAUAUGUCGUUUGUCUAGAGUCAAAGACGAAGAUGUCGUUUUGAUUAGCCAAUAUUUGACAAAGACUUCUUGGUUAUUCUUUGUCAUGAAGGUCCAUUUGGCAUUACAUUUUCUAUGUUCUUGAAUCAUCCAUAUGACGCGGAGCGAAAACUUCACAACGGCACACAAUGAACAAGACAUAAAACUGAUAUGUUAUGGUGUUAUAUUUAGUCCACAGACAAUGCGUGGGACUGUUCUAAAACAGAAUUAUUCAUUUCACCGUUUUCAUCACUAGCGUACUCGGGG